ACACACGCGAAAAGAAGCAUUCCUCUGGCGUUGCGCUUGUUCUUUCGCAUUCCGUUGAGAUCUAGCGCAGCUUGAACACGGAAAACGCGGUGAAAACUUGGGUUCGGAUUCUAUCAGGGCACGUAAACGAAAAUGUUUGGGAGGGCACCGAAGAAAAGCGACAACAGCAAGUACUAUGAAAUUCUUGGUGUUUCGAAGAACGCUUCUCAGGAUGAUCUGAAGAAGGCUUACAAGAAAGCCGCCAUAAAAAAUCACCCUGACAAAGGUGGUGAUCCUGAGAAGUUCAAAGAGCUGGCUCAAGCCUAUGAGGUUCUGAGUGACCCCGAGAAGCGUGAGAUCUACGAUACUUACGGUGAAGAUGCUCUGAAGGAAGGAAUGGGAGGUGGCGGUGGUGGCCAUGAUCCUUUUGAUAUCUUCUCGUCGUUCUUCGGAGGUUCUCCAUUUUCGACUGGAGGUAGCAGUAGAGGACGGAGGCAGAGACGGGGAGAAGAUGUGGUUCACCCCUUGAAGGUCUCUUUGGAGGAUCUUUACCUUGGAACGUCUAAGAAGCUCUCUCUUUCACGAAAUGUCCUAUGCUCUAAAUGCAAUGGGAAAGGGUCUAAGUCUGGGGCUUCCAUGAAGUGUGCGGGUUGCCAAGGUUCUGGUAUGAAGGUCUCUAUUAGGCACCUCGGUCCCUCUAUGAUUCAGCAAAUGCAGCAUGCUUGCAAUGAAUGUAAGGGUACUGGAGAGACAAUCAGUGACAGAGACAGAUGCCCACAGUGCAAGGGAGAGAAGGUUGUCCAAGAGAAGAAAGUACUUGAAGUUAUUGUGGAGAAGGGGAUGCAGAAUGGACAGAAGAUUACAUUCCCUGGUGAAGCUGAUGAAGCGCCCGAUACAGCUACUGGGGAUGUUGUCUUUGUCCUACAACAAAAGGAACAUCCUAAGUUCAGAAGAAAGGGUGAAGACCUUUUUGUAGAGCACACCCUGUCCCUCACUGAGGCUCUAUGUGGCUUCCAAUUUGUGCUCACUCACUUGGAUGGACGACAACUCCUUAUCAAAACGAACCCUGGGGAGGUUGUUAAGCCUGAUUCGUACAAGGCAAUAAAUGAUGAGGGAAUGCCAAUGUACCAGAGGUCCUUCAUGAAGGGGAAGCUUUACAUUCGAUUCACUGUGGAAUUCCCCGAUUCUCUGAGUGUGGAUCAGGUGAAGGCCUUAGAGGGUGUUCUGCCUCCAAGGCCUUCAUCACAGUUGACCGACAUGGAGCUGGACGAGUGUGAGGAGACUACUCUUCAUGAUGUGAAUAUGGAGGAAGAGGCAAGGAGGAGGCAGCAGGCUCAGCAGGAGGCAUAUGAAGAGGAUGAAGAUAUGCACGGUGGUGCUCAGAGAGUACAGUGCGCCCAGCAGUAGUGACGACUAUUCUCGAGGAGCAGCAGUAGAACCAGCGGUGACUCAGGAGUUUUCAAUUCAGUGUGUCAGAGCCAGGCAGCCAGCAGUGAAUUUCACCCAACAAAAGAGGUGUUAAAAAGUGUCAAAUAAGUGUGUUAUUAGCACUUUUCACUUCCUUCAAUUUCAAAAGAGCAUGAUCUAUGGAAACUGACUCUUCAAGAGGCAAGAAACGUGGAACCAUUCACACAAGGGAGUGUUAAAUUUUCUCCCCCAAAACCCAAGGUUUUCAAACAAAAACAAAUAAUAGACCUAGUGAUGGGGAAUAUCAAUCUUCUUUUGGAGAUACCGGAAUAACUGAGGCAUUGUAAAUGAAGGCUUGUCCUUUGAUUUGAUACAUAAUUUUGCCACAGCUAGAAGACUUUUAAGCUCGGUACAGUCAUAAUGGUUUCCAAGAUCCGGGUCUAUCAUCUUAUCUAUGGAAUUGUAAAAUCGAGAUUCUUGGAUCCAUUCAAUUAAAUCAGAACCUUCCAUCUCUGAAGACUGACCAGUGACCAGUUCCAAUAUGAGCACUCCAAGUUGGAAUAUAAUCUUACAACUUUUCUGCUUCAUGCAAUCUGAAAUUGACAAAUGUAAAGUAACAAAAAGUAAGCACUAGCAAAUUUCUUCUCAUUGUAAGAGUAAUUCACAAGGAGAGGUGACCUUCUGAAUAUGGCUUCAUAAUAGAAUUAUCCCCAGAUGUAAGAAGACCAAAAUCGGAUAGCUGUAAUUACAGAAGGGAGCUAAUUCAAUACGAUUGCUAAAUCAGUGCUUUAUUUGCCUACGGCAUGUCAAUGUCAAAUGAAAUAUAUCAUUAAUCUCUGCAAAAUUUAAGAGUUUACAGUGAGAAAUAUAGUUUUUUCCUUACUUUGGCGGUGAAGUUCUCAUCUAACAUAAUAUUGCUUGAACUGAUAGAGACAUGAUAUAUUGGUGGCUCACUGAAGAGAAACAAAUAUUCCUGCUUCCAAAAUCAACAUAUGGGCGAAAAUCAGGUAUCAGUGCUUCACAAAUUUUGUAGUUUUUAUAGCUUGUUCAUAUAAGUUUAAAUUUUGUGGGUAUCAAAACACUCAGAAUUUCAUGCUUUAUUUUUAUACAGCCAAUGAAAAUUAUUAUCGAAGAUAACAUGGAAGCAUCAUAUCACAAUUGUUUGAUACUAAAAUGCUAGCAUCAUAUCCCGUAAAGUAAACAACUUGAAAACAAAGCCAAACUAUAUAAAAAUAUAUCUUGCAACUAAAUAUGUAAAAUUUUGAUUUACAGUAAGCAAAGUAAAUAAUACUUGUUAUUGGAAUCACAAUGCUGUUUAGCCAACAUUUUUGUCUCCCUGUCCCACAUGAUAUUUUCAGUAGCUAGGGAGAAAAUCAACUUGUAAAUUACACUAAUCGCAAGUUGAAUACACUCAGAAGCUAACUUCUACCCUCUUCAUGGAAUCGAGUGGCCUACUUUCCAAUAUGCACUUUGCCAUAUGUGCCAAGCCAUUUUUCUUUCAUAGGGGGUAUAACAUUACCAAAUAUCUAACUUAGCAGGGAUUUUCCCAUAUCCACAAUCAAUUUAGAAAACCCAAUGGGACAUUUAAAUUUCAGGUUCUUCAUUUUGGACACACGCUUUAAUUUGCAGAGCUUACCAGUGCUGCCACAACACCAUUAGCUAUUUGUAACCUCGUCCUCCAAUUUAAGGGAGUCUUCAAAGGGUCUGCCAACACCCAAUUAAUGAGACAAAAUUAAAAUAUGUCAUUGAGAAGCUCCUAUAAUUUUUUUGGCUUUCAAAAUUUACCAUUGAGAUGCUCCUUUAAGCUUCCAUUUUCUACGUUGUCAAAUAUGAGUAGUCUGCAGACAUAACCCAAAAGGAAAGAAGUUACAAAAUUGCUACACCUAUAUAUAGUUCUACACCCCAAGGAUACCCCAGCUGCAAUAGGGUCCAUGUCCAUUUCUUAUACAGAAGAAAUGACUUUGUAUAAACUUCACUGCAGAAACG